UUUUGUAUCAAUUGGACUCGCAAAGCGAACCACAAACGUACGGAGCAGCAGCAACAGCUGAUAAGCCAACAACGCAUUUUCGUGCUAACAAACAAAAGUCGUUCGAUUACGAUUUACAAGUGCCAUUUCUACAAAUUAACGGAAAGUUUUCUAAGAAUAAAAUAAAGAUGUCUGCAUCUCCCACCGCUCGUCAAGCCAUCUCUCAUGCGCUGCCUCUGGCCAUGACCAAGACCAAGAAGAUUGUCAUUUCGGAUCCCAUCCAAAUGCCGGAGGUGUACUCAUCCACCCCUGGUGGCACCCUCUACUCCACCACCCCUGGCGGCACCAAAUUGAUCUAUGAACGUGCUUUCAUGAAGAAUCUGCGGGAAUCACCAUUGAGUCAAACGCCUCCCAGCAACAUCCCAAGUUGUUUGCUGCGUGGUACUCCCCGGACGCCCUUCCGCAAGUGUGUGCCCGUGCCCACGGAUUUGGUGAAGAAAACGCAAUCGCUGAAAAUUGAGGACCAGGAGCAGUUCCAAUUGGAGCUGUAAACAAAAAUUUCAAUUCCAAGCAGCUACUGCCAAAUCUCAUAUACCCUUAUUACAAGACAUCAAGC